CCGUUGUGCUAAUAACCCAAUUUCCCAAACCAAACGGUACCACCGAGCCCCAAGAAAGGAGAUUCCAGCCCGAAACACAGCUUUGGACAGCCAGAGGAAGAGCUACGUUUACUGACUGCCCCACCAAAUAGGUUUGGUUUUCCAGUGAAGUGCCCUUCCCCUUUGCACCACUACUGUGCCAAUCCCAGAAGAGCCGUGGGUGAAGGACAUUUCCAAAAGCCUAUGAAAAACACACCUGCACCAGCGACCAGGUCACCUCAUCCAAGUGGUCACCUUCACUUUGAAAGAACCACUUUGAACCAGGAUGUCCAGAGGAGACAUGGCCAAACCUCUGCUGGGCCAUCGGAGCACGGAGGGUGACUCCAGCCCCACGCCGCCGGCCGGCCGCACCGUGGGGGUGCUGGGCAGCGGGGACUUUGCGCGGUCCUUGGCCGUGCGCCUGGUGUGCUCCGGGUUCAAGGUGGUGGUCGGCAGCCGCAAUCCGAAGCGGAAAGCCAGCCUCUUCCCUGCUGCAGCAGAGGUCACCUUCCAGGCCGAGGCGGUGAAGAAGGCGGAUGUCAUUUUUGUGGCGAUUUUCAGGGAACAUUACUCCACCCUCUGUGACCUGGCUGAUGUGCUGGUGGGCAAGAUCCUGGUGGAUGUUAGUAACAACACCGAGAUCAACCAUCACAAGGAAUCCAACGCGGAGUACUUGGCCUCCCUGUUCCCAGCCUGCACCGUGGUAAAGGGGUUUAAUGUGGUUUCUGCGUGGACGCUGCAGUCGGGUGCCAGGGAUGGAAAUAAGCAGGUUCUGAUCUGCUCAAAUAACCAAGAAGCCAAGCGCACAGUAGCAGAAAUUGCUCAGGUCAUGGGAUUCACCCCUGUGGACAUGGGCUGCAUGUCAUCAGCCUGCGAGAUUGAGAACAUUCCCCUGCGCCUCUUGCCAGCCUGGAAAAUCCCCAUCUUUUUGGCUCUGGGGCUUUUUCUUUGCUUCUUCACCUACAACCUGAUCCGGCAGGUCAUCCACCCUUACAUCAGGGAGCAGAAGAACAAGCUGUACAAGAUCCCCAUCGAGGUGGUCAACACCACGCUGCCGUGCGUGUCCUAUGUCAUGCUGUCCCUCGUCUACCUGCCCGGGGUGCUGGCAGCCUGCUCCCAGCUCUACUACGGCACCAAGUACAGGCGCUUCCCAGACUGGCUGGACCAGUGGCUCCAGCACCGAAAGCAGAUUGGUCUCCUCAGCUUCUUCUGUGCAGCCCUGCACGCCGUCUACAGCCUCUGCCUGCCCAUGCGCCGCUCCCACCGCUACCUGUUAAUCGAGACCGCCGUCAAGCAGGCUGUGGAGAAGAAGAUGACAAUCUGGGUAGAGGAGGAAGUCUGGAGGAUGGAGAUUUAUAUUUCUGUUGGAAUAAUUGCCCUGGGCUUGCUGUCGUUACUUGCCAUCACUUCACUUCCAUCCAUCGCAAACUCUCUCAACUGGAGGGAAUUCAGUUUCAUUCAGUCCUCCCUUGGAUUUAUUGCCUUGGUGAUCAGCACUCUGCACACACUCACCUACGGCUGGUCGAGGGCCUUCGAUGAGAAUCAGUACAAAUUCUACCUGCCCCCAACCUACACCCUCACACUGCUCGUCCCAUGCACUGUGAUAAUAGCUAAAGUCAUCUUCAGUUUGCCCUGCAUCCACCACAGACUUCUGCGAAUCAGGAGGGGCUGGGAGAAGGGCAGAUACGUCAAAUUUGUUCUGCCCAGCACAACGGGGGAAUUUUCAAGCGGGGAGACCUCCAGUAAUGUCUAACAGCCCCAGCUUUGAGGAUUUCGGAGCACUAUCAGCAUUUCUAUAAAGGUGUUUCUCUUUCUUAAACAUGUGUAUGUUUUGGUAUAAUGGUAUUGUGGAUAAAAUAAUAAAACUUGUUGACUUUAGAAAAUGGACAACCACCAAACUAGGUUAGACAGUAGUAGUUAAAUUAUAUUGCCGAUUUGCUAGGACAAUUAUUGCCUUAAAAAUGAUUGAGAGCCAAGCUAGCAGCACUAAUAUACAUGGGAAACUGAUGGACUCUGUUGGUCAGAUCAGUCACUUGAGGUGCUGGCUGGCAGCUCCCCAAAACAGUACUUCUCAGUUGCUUUCCUAGCUGCUCUCAUAAAUUUCAAUGCUUUUUUUUUUUUUAAUAUGAGGUUGCACAGAUUUUUUUGGACUUUCUGACAGCAAAGAUAGGUAUCUUUGCCUCUUAAGUGUAUAGAUCAGUCAAGGCAGUGAGGUUUAGAAAGAUCAAUUGCCUCUGGUUUUGUUCUCCUCAAUGAACUCCGUGGAGUCAGAACAGCUAUAUUUAUGUUAUUGUGACAGCAGAUUUUACUAAAAUCAUCAAAUCUGACAGCAAGCCUAGUAUCCCUGUUCUCUCAAAUACAGACAGCACUUCUGGUCCUGAAAGCAGUCCCUGAUGCAUGUUUAUAAGCUGAGGAAAUAAAGCACCUUUUCCAGCAGUAUAAAAGCAUUUGAGAGACAUCCCCAAUACCAGACGUCUGGUCUGCACUGCUGGCUCUGAGAUGAUAGUUACUGCUGCAUGCUCUCUGUUAUACUGAGCCAAAGUUUCAAGCAGUAUUUGAUUGAAAUAGAGCGAGGAUAAUUAUUGGAGAGGCCUGCUGCUUCACAAAAUUACAUGGAGAAAACCAAGGCCUUCCGGCUGGCCUUACAUCAAAUAAUAGGGUGAAGCUUUUAGAAAUUGCUGUCACCUGAACAUUCCCAUUUAAGCAAACAAAACAACAGCUCUAAACCCACUGGUUUCACUUGCAAUAAUAAGAUCUUUGAACAGUCCUGCAAAGGGAUCAUCAAAUCUUGACCACAACAUGAAAACAUGGCAGUUGUACAUUUUGGGCACAGUCCUUCAUUGCCUUACACCUUAAAAAGUCACUUGCUAGAUCACAGAGCAUGUAUGAAAUGCUCUUCUCACUUCACACCCACUGUGGACAAGGCACAGGGCAUGUAUGAAAUGCUCUUCUCACUUCACACCCACUGUGGACAAGGCACAGGGCAAAGAAGAUUUCUAUCCUAAUUUUAUGUUUCACCUGUCACUUUCUGUGAAGUUCUUACUCUUUAUCAGAACAAUUCUUUAUGUUUUGGACAUCCAAAUCACCAAACAGUGAAUGGACAGCCAUUCACUAAAGCUCAUUGAAAAGCAAGUGAUAGGGAUGACACAAGAAGACUACCUCAGUAAGGUCAAGUACAAGGACAUGCUUGGAAUAGCCUCAUUUUCCUACAUGUAAGGAAAAGACACUCAGUGUUCAGUAUUGCUUUGAGAAACAAGAGCUGUCAGCACCAAAGGAGGUACGUGUUACUGGGUGUUAUACUUUUAAUAUAAAGGGCAGGGGGAAUUACCAGCUUUGGGGCACAUAAGCCCUUCUACAAGCUAAUGCUUCCAUAACCUGGAAGAGUUCUACACAGACAGAGACUCACAAGAAUUCCCUGUUUAGCCUCGAGUAACUACAGUGAGUAAUCUCCAAAUAUUGCUCAUGUGGCCAGUGACGAUACUGAGUGUUAGUUCUUGCCUAACACUUACAGUAAAGUCUCUAAAUGCUGCUUCUUUUUACUGAAUAAACUGGCUUGAGGGGAAAGCCUAGAUUUCAUAAUCAGGUGGGUUUUUUUCUUGUUGUUUUGAUGGGGUUUGGACAACAUGAUGAAGGUACCAUUCUUUACCGCUGUCCCCCUCAGCAAGCUGAGUUUAUUAGGUUUCCCCAUCCACCUCCAGAACUUAGCCCACAUUGGUACCUGACCAAAUCACUCUCCAAGCAGACUGAUGACCCAACACUAUUUAUUUCUGGUUAGGUGACAGAUUAAGUUUCCACAUGGAUUUGAGACAGUUUCACCUGAAUAUAAUUCCACCCACUCCAGUUUAACUCAUUCUUGAGGGAAGACUGGAUUCAGCAAGCCUGGUUUUUCAGUCAUCUUUUCCAUUUCAUCAUCAGGCAAAGACAACAUAAAAGCACCAGUUUACACACUGUGUGGUGUAUUUCAGUGCCUUUUUUUCCCAUCCAGGUUUCUUUCCACAUCUUUAGGUCAGGCAAGACUGCUGUCUGGCGGCCAAAAAAGAUUAGGAGGCAGGGAAAGAGCAUUUCACAGACUGGCAGGAUUUGUCUUCAAGGGAGAAAGAAUGGCUUCUUUUGAGUCGCUGCAAGGUUAAAGCUUUCUGCCCAGCAGAAGGUUUGCACCCUCGCUUUGUUUACAUGACUUCCAUGCCUACAAGCCCUUUCCCAUGGCAAAGGGACAGUUUCCAUGAGCAGAAGGGGAGUCAGUGAGUCAGCAUGGUGCUUUUCAGAUGGACACAAGCCCUAAGGGACAGACAAGUCAGCUCAAAAUCCCCAGUUACUGCAGCUCUCCAGCAUCUAAAAAAAGAGCUUGUCAAGUGUCUCCAGGUAAUGUCUGUGCCAGCAGACUGGCCAGCCAGCCACCAUCCCUUUUGAAAACCAAAACCAAUUCUUACAGAUUCAGAGCAGCGUUUCACAUGAUGCCCUCUGUAUGCAUCUAGUCCUUAAGACAUGUGACACAAAAGUUUGAGUCAUUUCUUCUGAUUCUGAAAUGCUGAAAAUGAAACUAAGGAAUUUUUCAAUUAUCUUUUCCCUAAGCGUUUUUGAUAUGCAUAGGACAUCCAGUGAGAUUGGCUUAAAAUUUACCAUUUAAUUGGUUUUGUACUUGAAGCUUUUCUCUUUCUCUGUAUAUAUGUACACACACACACACACACACAAAUAUAUGUAUCUUAUUGCAGAAUAUAUAGCUUGAAUGUAAAAAUCUUUGUAUUUUUAUUUUCUGUACUGCCUACUAUGUGCCUCUGGGAUAUGUAAGAAUCAAAUGAGAAGCUGUAAGAGUAA